CAAAAAAACUUCAUAACAUUGGCUUGACGUUUAUAAUUCGAGGUUAAGGCGAUAUAAUAUUUACAAUUAAUGAAAAAUAACACAAAUAUAGCAUAAUUUAUUAAUGGUACCCCAAUAAUUAGUUACACGAAUAAAGAACACAUUACAAAUGUAUUCUAACGUCGUAGUUCCAAGACACUGGACGAGACUAUCAUGUCUUUGUCGUUCGUUAACAAGUUUAGAAGGGCAGAAGGUUCCUCAGACAGCUAAAUCGAGUGAUGGGAUCUCGCCUCCUCCCCGUAUCCGUAGAGGACCUACUGACAUCCUACAAGCUUUAGCGGCUACAGUAGGAACUGACCCAACAGCUGCACAUUACAAGUAUCAUGAUGACCCAUACUUAAUACCACUGUCAAACUUCCGCAAGCGAGCUUAUGCAUUGUCAGCGGAGGCUGGUCGGAAGGCAGCUGCUUGGAUCCGUGAUGAACACGCAGAUUUAUUCACCACCAGAGAAUGGGACCCACCUAACAAGGCUAAGACACCAUACUUUAAUGCUGACCCACACAUAAAAGCAUUUGAACCCAAACCAAUUUAUAAUGAUGAAAGCAAGGUAACAGAAGCAGACCUGCAAUACGCAAUCAAAAACGCUUUGAUAGAAGAUUCAACAAAGGUAUUUCAACUAUUGGGAGGUGUUGAAGGUGUGAAUGAUGAACUGAAACUGCAGUUCUUGCAACUAUUGUGCUUCUACAAUGAGAAGGAGCCUGACUCUAUGGAAUGGUUGGAGGAGAGAUGGUUUGCAGCUAACACUAGAGACAGACAGGCCACUACUUGGAGAGUUGGUGGUCUUGCAGAAAAAAUUUUCCAAUCACUGGAACCAAAAACUUCUGAAGCAUACUGUGCUAUAAUUCAAGGCAUGGCUAAAUACUAUCAGGCAGAAAGAGCUCAUAUGUUAGCUUCUGAAGCUAUAGAGAAGGGUUUGCAACUGUCCACAAGUGUAUAUAACUCUCUUCUGGCCUGUGUUGGGUUUCUGCGCGAGGGUACACAAAUGCGUAUAGAAGCAUUAAAGUCAACGUUGGCGCAAAUGAAUGAACAGGGUAUUUCUCCGAAUAGCGAAACUUUGUCAGCUUGUCUAAAGUCUAUAUCAGCUUGGGGCGGCGGCAAAGCUUUGCAACAAGUGGCGCUUCAAGUUGUUGCUGAGUUCCGAAAAUUAGGCAUAGAGCCAGGUCUAGCCGCGUACUACUACUUGCUAUGUGUAUUCUGCAAGGAAAGGGGACCAAGGUAUGAUUUACUGUCAACAAUGAUUAAUGACUUGGAAAAAAAACAGAGUCUAGUUGCUACGGAACCCGCCGACACCAAUUUCUUUAUAACGGCUAUGGGAGUCUGCAGUGACCAUUUACAGAAUAUGGACCUUGCAGAGAGAUUGCACAAUCUUCUAAUGAAAGACGACAAUUACAAAUUAGUUGGAGAUGCUUACAAAGAAAGUAUUUUCUACAGACACUAUGUUACAGUCACUUGCAGGCUUGCUCCCUUUGAGAAAACUGUUGAAAUACUGGACACAUUAAUACCAAAUGUGUAUGUACCUGAACCAUCCGUUAUGGAAGAGAUUAUUAAAACGUUGGAAGUGGGCGGUGCGGGCGACCGUCUGGCGCAGGCCUGGUCGCAGCUGGUCGUGUUCGGGCACGCGCGCAGGGCCAGGCUCGUCGAGAGGCUGCUCGACGCCAUGUGCAACACCUACCAGGGACAGGAUGAAGAAAUUAAAGCUAAAAUGCGAUCUGCUGCCACUGACAUCCUCAACUUUGGAAUAAUGAGUGAGGAACAAGAAGAGACUAAGGAGCUGAGAACACCUGGACAAAAACUGUCAGCUUCAGCCCUAUGCAACAUCGUCGACAUGUGCUCAGACGCUAAGGACAAGGCCGACCCGGGCUGGCAGACCGUGAACGCAGCGCUACAGAAGCUGGGCCGCGAGGAGGCAGCAGGUGUCCCGGCCAAGCCGCAGGUCUUAGCUGAUGUGGCACAGAAAGCUGUUGCUAUUGGACAACCGGCGAUCGCUGCGGCUGCAGUAACAUACCUGGCGGAAUGCGGUUUCGAAGAAGCGAUGUCAGCUAGCGUACAAGUCCUGAGUACGAUGCUGAACCGGCCCGAGUCUGAGGUGGAAGCCUUGCUCGGGCAGCAGCACUCCAGCCUCACGGGGGCCCUGCAUCCGUCGGCAAUGGCUAUCGCCGAAGCUUAUAGCAUCGCUAAGACCGGAGCUCCAGUACAGCGAGAGUCUUCAUCAUCGAGCUCGGACAGCGACAGCGAGUCUUCAGACGAUGAGUAGUGUUAACAACAGUAUCAUAUAGUUUAAUAAAUGCAUUUAGGUAUUAUCGA